UUUUGUUUGAAAUUACCAAGGAUUACUUUUUUCAUUGGUCGGUUAGAUUGGGGAUAAGCACCUUAGGAUGAAGUUUCCUGGAAAUGUUGGAAUGUAUUCGCUAACGACAUUAGAUAAUGGUCAUCUCAUGUUUUGAAUCGACAAAAAAUCAAAAAGUAGAAAGCGUGCAUUUCAAUGUAGACAUAAUCAAAAAAACCUACAUGGUUGGCGGCUUUUUACACUUUACAAAAUUAUUCUAAAUACGGACACACAAAUGCCAACAAAUGUUCAUCUCUCUCGCUCUCUUUCUCCUCUUUGUGUAUAUUUUAUUCACAGACAUACACAGCACAUAAUCACAUAAUCGCCUACAUUCAUGUUUCAAUAGGUAUUGGCUAUUCACAGUUCACUUUGGGAGUAGUGUACACAGACAUGUAGGAUUGCACACAUGGGCAUAAAUAUUAAUAAUAAUAAUAACAGAAGUAAUAAAGACUACUAAUGUAAUCUGUGGAUACAUUUUCAUAUAAAUCGCAAAGAAUCAACAUAAACAAAGAAAUAAAUGGUAGGAUAAUAUUAAUCACAUAGCAUAAUUGUGAAACAAACAUAAUUUUGCUACAUAUAAAACAGUAUAAGUUUGUUAAAACAAAAAAGUGUUUUCGCGCCAAUGUUUAAAAUUUAAAUCAAUUGCAUAUCACUUUUCGAAUUUAUCUAUUGUAAACAGAAUCUACUAAUAAUGAAUGGAUGGUAGUUUAAUUUACCAGUAAAAAAGAAGAAAAAAGGAAAAGGAUUGUCAGAAAAAUUGUGAAACUUCAUUUCUCUUCAUUCCUCUUUCUGUUUUUACAUCAAUUUAGAUUUAGAAGGAAGAUUAAUAUAAACGGAUAAAUAAUAUUUAUUUUAUUUCUUAUAUAUGUACACAUGUGGAGUUAUUUUUCAACUUUAUUCUUACUAUUUUAACUGAAAAAUAAUUAUAAUAUAACAUGAUAUAUUUUAAAUGUUGCGCACAAACAACAUGUUCAGAAGAAUAUUUAAUUUGUAUUUUGCUAAUCUUAUGCUCAAUAUUCAAUGUUCAAUCUCAUAGUGACAAUACUAAUAAUAAUAAUAAUGAGAUAAAUAAUGCAUUGAAACAAUCAGUAAAUAUUGAUUCGUCAGUUUUAAAUCCAGAGUUAAUUCGAAUGAAAAAAGAAGCUGAAAGCUCACUGGACAAUAACAAUAAUAAUAAUAAUGACCAUAACAAUCGGAUUAGUGAUAUUGAACAUAUUGAACAUAAUGGACUCGACAUAUUAACAGAUCAUUUAAACAAUGCGAAUAAAGUAAAUACUGACAAUAAUGAUAUUAAUAAUAUCAACGAUGAUGAUUUAUUAAAAUCCUUAUCAAAUAUGAUUGGAAUGUAUCAUAGAUUUCCAAAUACUGAGAGAAAUAAUGACGAUAAUAAUAAUGAAAGAAGUGGGACAACAUUUACAUUUAUUGAAAUGAUUGUUCAACGUACAGUGAAUAAAUAUAUGAAUGUAAUACGUACACGUUCGGAUUGGUUAAAACGUUUGUUACAAUUAGUUAAAGAAGAACGCGAUAUCCGAUCAAGGUAUAACUGUUAUACAGAUGCAUGUAUUUAUAAAAUCCAACUAUUUACAACUCAGUUAAAAGCUCAUCUACUUAGGAAUACAGUACAUUUAGAAGGCAAUCAUGCAGGUGAUGAGCUACACUUGAAACGAUUCCGAAGAUCUUCAUUAGAUAAAUCCUUAACACCACCACAGUCGUCACCAGCAGAGGGUGUGGCUCAGGCAGCAGCUAAGGCCUUUGAUUUAAAUGAUUCAACAGUUGAAAUAUUACAUGAUGAUCCAGCAAUUCCAGAUGCCUUGCUAAUACAUCCUAGUGAUCAUGGGGAUGAACAUGAUGACGACGCUUUGAGGCUACCGAAUGAAUUACACAAGUUGAAUAUCUUGAAAAAACAUAGUGAAAAUGCUCAUGAUGACGGUGAUAUCGAUAAGGCUGACAAUAAUCACUUUGCCAGUUGGACGAAUAAUAAUGAUAGUCGACAGAAAUCAAUAAAAUUUGAUAAUACCCAUAAAAUUGAUGUAGCUAGAUUUAGUCAAGAUUUGGUUAAUGGUGUUUUAUCUAAACAUACUAAAAGUCAAACAGUGACUGUACCCACUGUUACUAAGAUGGCUACGACUACUGAUAUGUUUAAUCCGAUUAUUAGGAAUGACAGCAGUAUUAAUAUUUCACCAUUGCCUGUGUCUACUCCACAACCAAAUUUGUUCGCCCAAAUGAGUGGAGAAGAGAAUCCAUUCUUACAGAAUCAUGAAGAUGAUGUCAACAGUGAUCCAGAAGGCGUCGGUCAACUUGAUGAAAUGGAAUCUUCAACGAAUAUUGCUGACAAAGUUCCCAGUAUUUCAGCUGAUCAUGAAUUAAAAAGAGAUGAAGUCAGUGGUACAAUAGUCACAGAUGGGGCAAACAGUAUCUCCUUAUCACCAUCGUCUUCAUCGGGCGAAUCAGAAGUAGAAAAAGAAGAAAAAGGAGCGAUAGCAGACGCAAAGGGUGAGACAUUACCACUUCCUUUGUUCGAAUCCGCUGCCUAUACAACGGAUAUACCAACUGCCUUCAGUGAUGCCAUGCCUACAUCUGAUCUGGUAGCUGUUAAAGCUGAGGAACUACCGGAGAACACACCACCACCACCACCACAAUCGUCGUCACCGCUGCCAACAUUCACUACUACUACUACUACCACAGCAGACAUAAGACAAACAGAUAUCUAUUCACAUUCAAUGAAACCGUCACUAAAUAUUCGAGCUAUCUCGUUGACAGUGGAAGAAACUCUGGUAAUACCAUUUGGAUUGAACAAAUUCAAUGGACGACCAUAUGAGAAUUGUACUGGACAGUAUGAAACUUAUUGUUAUAAUGCUAUAAAAUGCGUAUAUAUCAGUGUACUGGAAACAGCUGCAUGUUACUGCAGAACUGGUUAUACUGGUGUAAGAUGUGAUAUGUUCAAUUUACCGCAAACAUUGGAUAUAUUGAAAUCAUUUCGAGAAGAAAGUAUAGAUAUUAGUUCACUUCAACAACCCACCGCUUAUAUUCUACACAAUGUGAUUGAAGCAACAGCACGAUAUACAGUAAAUGCUGUUUUAGAAGAAAGCUUAUUAUCAACAUGGGAAGAUGAUACACCCUUCUAAUUACUUUUUGAAUAAAAUACAAUGAAGAGAAAAUCAUAUACUUUUUAUACACAUGUACUUAUGUAUCAAAAAUAAAAGUAUAGCACAAAUAAUUGUAGAUAAUGUAUUGCAUUUAUUACUAUUAUUGUUAUUAUUCCCACUUAGAUAUUAAUUUCCCCUUUCCUUCACGCCCCACCUUACUUAAAGUUUUAUUAAGUAUUUUAUUUCUCAUUUUAUAAUUCUCAUGCAUAUUUGUCAACAAAUAGUAUUAUGUAAAACAAAAGAUAUUCAUAAAUUUCAAUCUUUUC